CGCAUGGAGCCAACUAAUCUACAGAAAGCUAUUGCUUUAGCACAGAAAGCCUCGCAGGAGGACCAGGCUGGAAAUUAUGAAGAAGCCAUCCAGUCUUAUCAGCAUGCCGUCAAGUAUUUUCUCCAUAUUUUGAAACGUGAACCACAAGGUAAAGAUGGCAACCAGAAGAUUAGAGAUAAAUGUAAACAGUAUCUGGACAGAGCGGAAGAACUACAGGAAUACCUAGUAAACAAAGAGGUCAUUAAGAAAUUACUUAUUUGUUCUGUUAACGUAAGCAACGAUAAAGCCAUUGAUCUUGCUAGCAAGGCGGCUCUGGAGGAUAAAGCUCAGAACUAUGAGGAGGCUCUCCGACUCUAUCAGGCUUCUGUUCAGUACUUUCUUCAUGUGGUAAAAUACGAAGCUCAGGGUGACAAAGCGAAACAGAGCAUUCGUGCAAAAUGUGCUGAAUACUUGGACAGAGCAGAGAAGCUAAAGGAGUAUCUGAAGAAAAAAGAGAAAGCUCCUCCUGCUAAACCUGUCAAAGAGUCACAGGCUGAUGACAAAGGGAAUGAAAGUGAUGAAGGUGAUGAUCCAGAGAAAAAGAAGUUUCAAAAUCAACUCUCAGGUGCAAUUGUCAUGGAGAAACCAAAUAUCAAAUGGAACGAUGUCGCUGGUUUAGAGGGGGCCAAAGAGGCACUGAAAGAGGCUGUUAUUCUUCCUAUCAAAUUCCCCCACCUUUUCACAGGAAAGAGAACUCCGUGGAGAGGGAUUUUGCUUUUUGGACCUCCAGGUACAGGGAAGUCCUACCUGGCUAAAGCUGUUGCAACAGAAGCAAACAACUCGACCUUUUUUUCGAUCUCUUCAUCUGAUCUCGUCUCCAAAUGGCUGGGAGAGAGUGAAAAAUUGGUAAAGAAUCUUUUCAGCCUUGCAAGAGAGCAUAAGCCUUCGAUCAUCUUCAUCGAUGAGAUCGACUCCCUGUGCGGCUCAAGAAGCGAGAACGAAAGUGAAGCUGCCCGUCGUAUUAAAACAGAGUUCCUGGUUCAGAUGCAAGGUGUGGGGAACGACAACGAGGGAGUGCUAGUUCUUGGGGCAACAAACAUUCCUUGGACCCUCGACUCUGCCAUCAGAAGAAGGUUUGAGAAGAGGAUCUACAUCCCCCUGCCUGAAGAGCACGCUCGUUCCUUCAUGUUCAAGCUCAAUCUGGGCUCCACCCCCAACAGCCUCACCGACUCCGACUUCAUCACCCUGGGCAAGAAGACAUACGGGUACUCAGGAGCAGAUAUCAGCAUUAUUGUCAGAGACGCUCUGAUGCAGCCAGUUCGGAAGGUCCAGUCAGCAACACACUUCAAACGGGUACGAGGUCCAUCAAGAACGGACCCCGACCUUGUUCUUGAUGACCUCUUGACUCCGUGCUCACCUGGAGAUCCCAAUGCAGUGGAAAUGACCUGGAUGGAAGUCCCUGGUGAGAAACUAUUGGAACCAGUGGUGUCCAUGGCUGACAUGCUGAGGUCUCUGGCCAACACGAAGCCAACAGUCAACGAGCAAGAUUUAGAGAAACUGAAAAAGUUCACGCAAGACUUUGGACAGGAGGGCUAGACUGGUUGAUGAAGUCAAACCAAAGUGAAAGAAUUGUGAUUGUCUCUUUACUGUCAUUGUCACUUUUGUUUGCUCUCCCUGUCUCAUCCUAGCCUUUCACUAAGCCUCUUGGAUUUUAUUAAUGGACAAGAUCCGGUUUGCCAGUUUGACCACAAAAGUGUCCCAGGCUUUACUUCAUAUUCACUAUUGUCCAAAGAUUUAAUAACUUGCCAUGUACAACUGUCAUGUUUAAAAUCAACACCGCAUUCAGAAGUUACAAAUUUAGUUUAAUCCAAGCACCAAACAAUAAUUAUUUAUGAAAAUAGUCUGGUUGGUUAGAGAAAAUGACACAGUUACUGCAUGUUAACUACUUUUAAGUUGCA